CACUUGUUUUGAACUCUCAAGAUAAUAUUUUCAGCACUCUCUCAUUUGCUGUAAUCUUCCAUCUUUUGGGUAGUUUCUAAGCCUUCAUACCGUCAUUCUUUGAACAACAAAGGUUAAUGAUGAUGAGAGUUUCACUGUCUUUGUGCAAAGAAACGGUGUCGUCUUUACUGGACAUACCAUCUGGGUUGCUCAAAUCGGACUUCUUUUGUCCUACGCGACAUAAAGAAAAGGUUGUGAUCCUAAUGGGAGCAACCGGAACCGGCAAAUCGAGACUCUCGAUUGAUCUCGCCAUUCGGUUUCCAGCGGAAGUAAUCAAUUCAGAUAAAAUACAAGUCCAUGAAGGGCUUGACAUAGUCACCAACAAGAUCACUGAGGAAGAACAGUGUGGUGUUCCACACCAUUUGUUAGGUGUGAUAAAUCCCAAUGCAGAUUUUACUGUAACAGAUUUCGUCGACAUGGCUUCACACGCCAUGGAUUCGAUCGUGUCCCGAAGCCAGCUUCCGAUCAUAGCCGGCGGCUCGAAUUCGUUCAUCGAGGCCUUGGUUGAUGACAAACACUUUCGGUUCCAAUCGAGAUACGAAUGCUGUUUCCUUUGGGUAGACGUAGCAAUGCCAGUGCUACAUCAGUAUGUAUCAGACAGAGUAGAUAAGAUGGUUGAGAAUGGGAUGGUUGAUGAGGUCAGGAGUUUCUUUGAUUCCAACGUCAAUUAUUCAACGGGGAUCGGGAAAGCCAUCGGAGUCCCCGAAUUCGACCGGUACUUCCGAGCCGAACGGUUCUUAGACAAACGAGGCCGUUCUAAACUGCUGCAAGAAGCAAUCCAAGAAAUCAAAAGAAACACUUGCAGACUAGCUUGUCGCCAAUGGGAGAAGAUUAACCGGUUGAGGAACCAGAAGAAUUGGAAGAUACACCAGCUCAACGCAACCGAAGCAUUUCGUAGACACGGCGGAGAAGCCGACGAGGCAUGGGAAGAGCUUGUAGCGGGUCCAAGUACAGAGAUCGUAGCAGAGUUUGUAUAUGAUAUCAGCUCUAAGGCACUACUCACUAGCCCUGCAGGUGCCAUUAGAGUCCCUUGUGGUAUAAUGCUGUAAAAUCAUAUCUGACACAGGAAUAACUAGUAAAGCUAUAGAUUUCAAUGUUGAAAAACAUAAAAUAAUGGAGAUUUGCUUCUUAAUGGAAGUCACUUUUGGGGGGAAAGAAAGAUAGAUUUCAUGGCCCCUGCCAUUAAUGAUAUGAAAGCAAUUUUUGUUUUUCC